GAUGGAAAUCAACGGACAAGUUGGCAGUAUAAGCUCAAGAAUUAACAUUACUUUACAAACUUUUGAUGAUUCAAUUUCUGGAAUCGCUAAAGAUGCUAAUAAAAUGACUUCACAAGUGGACACUACUAUUGCACAGAUCCCCGGAUCAUGGGCCUUUUACCUUCUUUUCUUCACAAUGAUUGCUGUUUUAAUAUUACUCUCAGCUUUACUACUCAUCAAUUUGUUAAUCAAAAUUCGAUCGUUUUUACGGGUACCACAAAUAGAAUCAUCAAGAACAUCAACUCCAACUCAUCAUUUAAUGCAUUCUGAUUUUUCUUCGAAGCCUUUCAGUGAACCUCCUUGUCCCGCAGUUGACGCUCCUAAAUUGAGGCAUAUAGCUGUUGAAAUGGAACACGAACCUCGACGUUACGGGUUUGGUCCACAACAAACUAGUAGAAUACCCUCAGGAUAUUCUAGCGCUUCUGCUUCAGCUUUUCAUCAACCCCCUGCUAGUGCAGAAUAUUUUGCUAAUGGAAAUGGGGUUAGAACGGGUGGAACUUGUAGUCCAUCCAUUUGUGAUAUUAGAGGAAGGUCGGGAAGCCCUCGUUCUCACCAAGGUCUACCCGACGAACUUCAACCAAAUUAUCAAACAACAAAAAAGCGCAAAAUGAUUCUCUGA